AUGCCGUUCAUCGUCAUUCCGUCUUCCCACGAGCUGUACUAUGUGCUGAGGUCGCCAGAGGACGCGGGCAGCUCUGGCCUGACAUUCUUGUUCAUCCACGGGCUUGGUUCGUCUAGUUCGUUUUAUGCGACGGUCAUGCCUGCGCUGGUCGCAGCAGGACAUCAGUGUCUCGCUUUUGACAUGAACGGUAGCUGCCUGACAAAAUAUUCUGGCAAGGACAACAGCAUCCAGGAUCAUGCAAAUGACGCCAAAGCCCUCAUUCAUGAGUUUGGUAUUUCUCCGGAAAAAGUCGUUGCUGUCGGCCAUUCAAUGGGCGGCCUUGUGGCUGGCACCUUGGCGACGGAGCUCGACUUGGCGGGUGCGGUCCUUAUUGGCGCUGUGACGCCCAGCGAUGCCAUCGCAACAGUAUUCUCGCAGAGAAUCAAGACGGUCGAGCAAAACGGCAUGGAGCCAAUGGCAGACAGCAUUCCCGCGGCCGCAACUGGUUCAAAGUCGACUGCGACACACCAUGCAUUUAUUCGCGCGCUCCUCCUGUCACAGACAUCGCAGGGUUAUGCUGGCCUCUGUCGUGCCAUUGCAACAGCGCUACCGGUCAUGUACGCCAAAGCACAAUGCCCUGCCUUGCUCAUUGCAGGAGCGGAUGACAAGGUCGUGCCUGCGGCAAGCAUGGCGGAAAUCAAGAAAAGCUGGGGGGCAGGUCGUGAGCAAGCCUCUUUGGAAGUUCUGGAAGGUGUCGGGCAUUGGCACUGCAUCGAAGCAGGCGACAAGAUCGGCGCCUUGCUCGUCGACUUUGCUCGUCAAAUCAAGCAAACAUCGUGA